AUGGGCAGACGCAAGAUCGAAAUCAAGCCCAUUCGCGAUGACCGUAAUCGAUCAGUAACCUUUCUCAAGCGCAAAGGGGGCUUAUUCAAGAAGGCGCAUGAGCUCUCCGUCCUCUGCUCCGUCGAUGUCGCUGUCAUCAUCUUUGGGCAUAAUAAGAAGCUAUAUGAGUACUCGUCAUCGGACAUCAAUGAGAUAAUCGGACGAUUCCAAUACUAUGGCGGCGCGCAUGAGCAUAAAGGCCCGGCAGACUUUGCGGACAAGGGUGGAGGCGAUGACGAUGAGGACGACGAGGGUGGUGAGGAGGGCGAUGAGCAGAGGAACACACCCGUGCCGCCCGAUGCUGCUAUGAUGCAUGCGCAAAUGCAGAACCAUCCUGGCUUCCAGCACGUCAGACACGGCACGCCUUCUGGAUCGCCACCCAUGCACAAUGGAGCCAUGCCGCCUCAAUUCGUGCGUGGUCCGUCUCCACUACCGCCUGGUAUCUCACGACCUUCAUCGAGGACUCAACAACACCCAGGACAUGUACGUCGAGUCAGCUCGAAUCUUGCCCCGCCACAUAUGCAGCCAUCUCAAGGUCCCCCACAACAGCCGAACUAUGCUUAUACGCCUAAUCCACCAUUCUACAACCCACAAGCUGCCGCUGCUGCUCAAGCUGCUCAAGCUGCGCAAAUGCAACAACGGCCAGUACAACAAGGUCACCAGGCUACUUAUCCUCCACCAUACGCGCAGGCUCCACCACAACAUCCACAAAUACAGCAAGCAUUCAUACAGGAGCAACGCAGAUCUUCUGGUCCACCAGCAUUUCCACCACAGCCACCACCUCAAGCGAACAUGUCACGGCAUCCGUCUACCGAUCACUUACAACCGCCGCAACCACGACCGCAUCCGUCGCCGCAGCCUCAACAAGGUUUAAUGCCGCCAAGAGCAACGCCUUCACCACAGCCACCUCAGCACCAGUUCGCCAGCCCGCAUAUACCACAGCCCCGACCACUACCCGCUGCCGCCAAGGCACAGAGCAUAUUCACGCCAAUAGAUGACAGCAGAUCGAUGCUUGCUCAACACUGGGGCAGCAACAUAGAUCCGCGGAUCGACCCGGCAAUCAAGCUCGAAGAUGCUCCCAGGUCAGCUUCUGUAGACCUGGCAGUGAUGCAACGAGGUAAUCCAAGAUCGAAUGGCACGUCUCCUAAACCACCACCAGCAAGGAUGCCGAAGUCACCACAACCUCCACAACGAGCUGGCAGUGCCGCGAGCAUGCCGGCUGGACCGACUAGGACUUCUACUAUGCAGUCUGAUGCUAAAAGACCUCGGCUGAAAGUGCAGAUACCUAGCGAGCAGUCUGGUGAUGAGGGAGGUACGGCAUCAGCACCGGGCGAUUCGGCUACAGCACAGCCAGCAGCCAAUGCCCAUCAGCCUCCACACGAUAGAGUCGUGCUGCCACCUCCUUCGCCAAGUGCAGGUGCUCUACUAUCAGCCGGUGCACAAGGCCCUCCGAACCCGUUCGCUCGACCAGCACCACCUAUGAGCACGAAUCCGCACGCUAUGAACCGAGACGCAAAUCAUAUCGAGACUCCUAUCAGCGCUUUACCGAGCAGAUUCAUGUCGGACAAUCUUCUGCCUUCGCCUAGUCAGUUUUAUCCAGAGUUCUUUGGUGGUCGGUCUGCAGAUUCGAACUUACUACCUUCGCCACUUAAUUUCCAGACACCGAUUAUACCUAAUGGUCAAGGGUGGCGAGAAGAAGAUCGCAAAAGACAGAGCGAGGAUGGAGACGGUGGGGGUGAUGUCAAAAGGGCUAAGACUUAG